UGUCCUAUUGGGGAGAUUUAUCUUCACUUCCUGUCCAAUAUCAACACCAAGAAGUGAGUAGAAAUUCAUCCAAAGUGAGGAAUGUUUCCAGGGUCACCAGAACUACAGUGCUCUUUGGCUCAUUGACUGCUGUUUUCUAGGGGCAAUGGCCAUACAGGCUGCAAUAGGAGCUCUCACAUGUAGCACUACCCAGGGGCGGACUGACAACUCAUGGGGCUCCCGGGCAAUAGGGGACCAUGGGGCCCCUGUGUCCUUGCCCAAACUCAAAAAAGCCUAUGCAAAAGGUACCAGGGGCAUCUCAUGGGGCCCCCCACUGACCCCGAGCCCUCGGGCAGUGCCCGAGUUUCCAAAUGGUCAGUCCACCUCUGGCACUACCCCC